AUGUAUAAAGCAGGUAAUAUAAAUGCAGUAACAGAUCCUCAGUAUCAAUACUGUGUUUUAUUGCCACGUUGGUUGCACAACAAAUCGCCGGCAGCGCUGUUUGGUAUUGGCCCACAAAACGACGAUAUGGCACUGUACAAUACGAAGAUCGGUUUCCUGUCAGUAGCACCACCAAAUGGUCGCGGUGUUGCCGAUGAAUUUAUGUUCCGUUGUUUGUGUAACUAUGAUCGUUGCAACAGUCAAAAGAACUUUGACAAAUAUUUGGUGGCUUUAGAAAAGGACAGUGUUCGCCGUCAGUUGAACUGAAU